UGUGUAGAGAGGAGGAGACGGGAGAGGAGGAGGUGGAGGCAGAUCGAAGAGAAGCAUGAAGAUUAUCCCCAGUAUCUGAGCUAACAGACGGGGAGAGCAUUUCGUCCUCCCUCGCUCGUUCGGGGCCGACUGGAAGCGGAGGGAGGCAGCGGGGCUGAGGACAGGAUGGAGGAGAAGAAGCAGUUUCUUUGUGGGGUGGUGGAAGGUUUCUAUGGGAGGCCUUGGACUAUGGAUCAGAGGAAGGUUCUCUUCCAAUGGAUGCAAAGUUGGGGAUUGAACACCUACUUGUACGGCCCAAAAGAUGACCUCAAACACAGACUGUUGUGGAGAGAAGUCUACUCCCAUGAAGAGGAGGGUCAGUUGCGCACUCUCAUAAAGGAGGCUCAGUCGAGAGGCCUGAGGUUUGUUUACGCCCUCUCUCCUGGUCAGGACAUCGUCUUCUCUUCUUCCUGUGACCUGACACUACUCAAACGCAAGCUAAGACAGGUGUCAGACCUGGGUUGCCAGGCAUUUGCCAUUCUGUUUGAUGACAUCGAUCACUCCAUGUGUCAGGCUGACAGCGAGGCCUUUUCUUCAUUUGCUCAUGCUCAGGUCACUGUAACCAAUGAGAUCUAUCGGUACUUGGGGGAACCACCUGUCUUCCUUUUCUGCCCCACAGAGUACUGUGGUUCUCUGUGUUCUCCCAGUGUAUCGAAGUCUCCCUACCUGCAGACUGUUGGAGAGGACCUGCUGCCCAACAUAACAGUAAUAUGGACAGGCAGUAAAGUAAUCUCCAGGAAACUGUCUGCAGACUGCCUGGCUGAGGUGGAGUCUGUCCUCCAGCGCCCCCCGCUCAUCUGGGACAACCUGCACGCUAAUGACUAUGACUCCAGACGUCUCUUCCUGGGGCCUUUUAAGGGCCGAGAGCCUCAGCUGAGGAGCCACCUGAGAGGCCUGUUACUCAACCCCAACUGCGAGUUCGAAGCCAAUUACAUCCCUUUGCAUUCGCUGGGGAGCUGGUACAGAGCUGGAAAAGAGGAGAGGAAAGAUGAGGAGUGUGAAUACUGUCCUGAUAGAGCUCUGUCUGCUGCACUUCAUGAUUGGAUGGAGGAACUCAACCAACCACUACAAGCAGGUCGUCAGAGCUCACGAGCAGACCAGCGUUCCUCCACUCCAACAACUCGCUGCAAAACACCUGACAGAUCUGACUACUCGUCCACCUUCAGAGGAUCCUCUGCCGUGGCCAAGCUUCCUGUUUUUCCCCUGAACUCAAGUUCACCUCCGUCGUCACCCACGAAGGUCAAGGGUGAGACGGAGGGACGUGAUGGGGAGAGGAGAAGGUCAAACCAGCCUAGUCAACCCAAUCACCAACCUCCAGGUUCCAGGCCUGGUGCACCCUCUGGUGGAGGCCGGGGUCAGAAGGCACAGGGUCUGGGGCUCUGUGGUGGGAAGGGUCUACUAAGUGAGUCCCAGGUGCGGCUGCUGGUUGGGCUUUAUUAUCUACCCCACGAGCAUGGCCCAUCUGCCCAGAAACUGCUGCAGGACUUGACCUGGCUAAAGGCAAACUGCCACCUGGUCAGCGCCAACAGCAAGAAGACAACACCUCAGAAGAUUGAUGAGUGGCGCGGUCGGUCCUCCAGGGUCCUGUCCCUGUGUGAAGACAUAGCACAGCUCCACUGCAGCGUGGUGGGUGGGGCCAAUAGGGCUGUGCUCUAUGACCUUUAUCCUUACGUGUGGGACCUGAGGAACACGGCUCUGCUGGCAAAAGCAUUCAUAUGCUGGCUGGAUGGAAGAGUAUUGAGUGACAGCUCAACUCUGGGCACCUGGAGGAACUGCUUCCACUGGUGUGGGAAGGCCUCAGGGGCAGACGUACUGGGAGUGGAGUCAGAGCCAUGGGCGUUCAAAGGAGGGGUGUCUGGGGAGGUGCAGAUGCUUCUCCCAAUAGGCAGCAGCAGUGAACUCUUCACUCAUCCUCCUCCGCUCUUCCCUACCUCUCGUCUCUAUAACAUCAGGCCCUACCACAGCAAGGACAAGUUGGAGUUGUAUCGCAUGGUGCGCCAGCUCCACCUGAGGACUCAGGGCGGCCAAGAGUCCAGCAUUGCUCACCCAGAUGUCAUAGGAGACAGAUGCCUCGGACCGUGCCUGGCGUUGUGCCCAGAGUACUGUUUCAUCCUGGAGGAUGAGCUGGGUGUGUGCGGCUGCGUGUUGGGCAUCCUGGAUGUUCGCUCGUUUGCCAAGCGGUGCCAGGCCAGCUGGAUGCCUGCCAUGAGGGACAAAUACCCGCCCAAAGGGGGCAACACACACCCCAACACACAGGACCUGAUCCAGCUGAUGGAGGAGGACCAAGGAGAGUAUCCAGACUCUCUUCUCUAUCACUUCCCCUCUCAGCUGCGACUGGACGCGCUGCCUGAGCUGGUGGACAUCAGCGUCAGCCGCACUCUACUCACCGCCCUGCUCACUGCACUUAAGGCAAAUGGUUCUCAGGGUGUGUUCUGCGAGGUGCAGCCGACAGACCGUCAGAGGCUGGAGUUUUUGACAAAACUGGGCUUCCUGGAGAUCCUCAGAGGAGAAGCCAGGAGCAGAGAGGGAGUGGUGCUGGGGAGGCUGCUCUGAAAAAUAAACACACACACACACACAUUCACACACAUACACACCUCCAGACACACAUUAAGCACUUGCACCCAUACAGUAGAUACACAGAGGCACUUGCACACACAGAAAGAUGUUAGAAACACAGUAUGUACAGUACAGUGUGGAGAUGGCUAAGCUUUGCAAAGAAGCAGGAUCCGUAUUUUCUCUACCAAGAGAGAAAACCUCCUUUAAGGGACAAUCCUGGAUUCCUUUCAGUCUGUGUGGCAGCAGUAAUGGGGAUGAAACCAGAGAUUUCUGAAGGAUUUACAAAAUAUAAUAUAAGCUUUGAGUUUAAACCUUCAGCAGAGCCACGCUAAUCUUUUUCGGAUUCCACCCCUGGCUACGGAUUACAAGAGUUAGUCACAAGUUACAAGGAAAUCAACAACAGAAUAGUCUGAGAUUGGAGCAGAGCAGUAGAUCACAGUAGCUACGUGGCACACGUGUCAAUUUAAUUAAUAUUUCUGUAUUUUAUAUCAACUAUGGGUUACGUGACUUAUUGUAUGCAAAAGGAGUCAUUGAGAGUGAUCAUCCAACUCUGGGAUGCCUCCUGGCAACAAUUUAGCAUCUUUCAGCUCAUUGUUUUGUUUUGUUGUUUUUCCGACCCACUCUUCAAAGCUUCAUAUUUUUGUACAGACAUAAGAGUGGUAUUGAUUUUCUCAUGUAACUGGUUUAAGAAAGCAAAUAAUUGUAUUUCACAGAAUUUCAAACUAUACCUUUAAGCUGACAGAGACUAAUUCUCUUGAUUUAAGGCAUGAUGUGAUUUUGCCAAGUAGGUCAUGCUCCUGGAUCAACACCCCACAUUGCGUUCCUGGACCAACACCACGAUCAACGAAUCACAGCCC